GUGAGGGCAGGCGAGUUUGAGUGGCGGGGCCGAGGUGGCUGGGGCCCGGGUUCCGUGCUGUGGGGCUGCUGCGGGCGUUGGCGGUGGCGGCGAGGCUGACGCUGAGGGCGGCGCGUCUCCCCGGAGCUGCCUCCCGCAGCACCGAGGCCUUGCGGGUCGGGAUCCCGGGGGCGCCGCACGGCGCUCGGCUCAGGCUGAGCAAUCUGUCACAGUCUAGCCACCAACAAGGCUAUUGGUUUUACCUGCAAAAUGCCUUAACUGUCUGCUUCUUUGCCACCUCCCUGAUCUAAGUCUCUCUCCUGCUUGGACUACGACCUUCAGUCUUCUGGAAGGGGGUGUGAAGAUGCUUAUAGAGCGUCCAGGGAUGGCAGAAGAGCCUCAGCAGCAAAUGGGUGGCCCUGUGGUAAAACUAGAGAAAGAGCUGCCUUGGGGCAGGACAAGGGAGGACCCCAGCCCGGAGACUUUUCGCCUGCGGUUUCGGCAGUUCCGCUACCAGGAGGCAGCUGGGCCCCAGGAAGCCCUCAGGGAGCUCCAGGAGCUCUGUCGCCAGUGGCUGCGGCCCGAGCUGCAUACCAAGGAGCAGAUCCUGGAGCUGCUAGUGCUGGAGCAGUUCCUGACCAUCCUGCCACGGGAGUUCUACGCCUGGAUUUGGGAGCAUGGCCCCGAGAGCGGCAAGGCCCUAGUGGCCAUGGUGGAAGACUUCACGCAGAGAGCCCUGGAAGCCAAGGCGGUUCCGUGCCACGUACAGGGACAGCGGGAGGAGACAGCACUUUGCAGAGACCCCUGGGAACCAAGUGUCCACCUGGGGCCUGUGGAGGUCAAGCCCGAGUGGGGGAUGCCCCACGGGGAAGGCGUCCAAGGCCUUGACCGAGGCGCUGAGGAGCAGCUCAGCCAGGACCCUGGAGAGGGGACGCAGGCCUUCCAGGAGCAGGCUCUGCCAGUCCUUCAGGCUGGUGCUGGCCUCCCUGCAGUGAGCACCAGAGACCAGGAGGUGGCAGCCAGCUUCCUGACGGCUGGAUCCCAGGGAUUGGGCCCAUUUAAAGACAUGGCCCUGGCUUUCCCUGAGGAGGAGUGGAGGCACGUAACUCCAGCCCAGAUAGACUGCUUUGGGGAGUAUGUGGAACCCCAGGACUGCGGGGUCUCACCUCCAGGCCUGGGGAGCAAGGACAAAGAGGCAAAGACCCAGCUGGCAGACCCCAAGGGGCAGCUCGCUUGCGGGCGGGCAGAGCGGUGUGGGGAGGCCUCUCUCCAGGGCUCGGAGUUGGGAAGACCAUGCGAGCAGGAGGCCGGGAACUCGCUAGGAAACGCGCCUGGGUUGCUCCCACCCCAGCACAGCGUUGCCCCCCUGCCCGAUGACCUCCAGACCCACAGCUCCUUCUGGAAGCCUUUCCAGUGCCCUGAGUGUGGGAAAGGCUUCAGUCGGAGCUCCAACCUGGUCCGACACCAGCGGACGCAUGAGGAGGAGAAGUCGUACAGCUGUGGGGAGUGCGGCAAGGGCUUUGCUCUCCGUGAGUACCUGCUGAAGCACCAGCGGACGCACCUGGGCCGGCGGCCGCACGUGUGCAGUGAGUGCUGGAAGACCUUCAGUCAGCGCCACCACCUCGCGGUCCACCAGCGCAGCCACACAGGUGAGAAGCCCUUCCAGUGCGCGGACUGCUGGAGGAGCUUCAGCCGUCGGCAGCACCUACAGGUGCACCGCCGGACACACACCGGCGAGAAGCCAUACACCUGCGAGUGUGGCAAGCGCUUCAGCAGGAACGCCAACCUGGCGGUGCACCGGCGGACCCACACCGGCGAGAAGCCCUAUGGCUGCCAGGUGUGCGGGAAGCGCUUCAGCAAGGGGGAGCGGCUGGUCCGGCACCAGAGGAUCCACACUGGGGAGAAGCCGUACCGCUGCCCGGCCUGCGGCCGCAGCUUCAACCAGCGCUCCAUCCUCAAUCGGCACCAGAAGACGCAGCACCGCCAGGAGCCCCCGGGACAGUGAGGGCGCCUGGCGUGGAUGCCCCUGUUUGGCUCAUGGGACCUUCCGGGACCACCAGUGGAUGGAGACCUCAUGGGAGGAAGUACUCACUGUUACUUCCUGAACGGCUGCAGGUGUCAGGAGUGUUGGGUGUGGAGAGGUGCUUUGACCCCUUUUCUUUCCCCUCAUUUCAGACGCUGGAUAAGGGAGAGGCCUGCUUUAGUUGAGGUGCCAUGUCUCACCCAACUGGUGCUAGCACUUCUUAACCUUCUUUCCAGGAAUUGAUGGUUCAAGUUUCAGUUCAGGUUGAGGUUUUUCUCCUUCCAUGGAUGUUCAUGUCCAUCUCCUGAGCAAAUCUGGUCCUUGUAGUGAAAUCUUCUCACCUGUCAGCAGCUUGAACCUCAUUUUCCUGAGGGCUGUGUCCCUGCAAGAUCAUUAGCUCAGACUCUGAUUCCCUCUCUCCCCCCAGUUCUCUUCCAUUUAACAAAUAUUUACUGAACACUUAUUGCCCCAAUGACCAGACAGCUGAGACCGCAGCUGAGACCUCAUUGCCCCAGGGUGUGGGAUCAGGCUCUGGAAGCAGACUUGUUAAUAAAGCAGAGCGCCCUGAGUUACAUUCCUGGUGAGUGCUGAGUGAGAGGAAGUUCUCUGCUCCAUCUGCCCAGUUCCUGAUCUUUCCCUCCCCAGCUGGGUCGCUUAGGCAUCUGCCUUUAUUUUACUCUCUCUGUGGCCCCUUCUCUGUGACCUACUCUCAUUAGUAGUUUCUCCCAUUCCAUUGUUCCUUGAACAAAAACAGCUGUCUACACAUCUGUUAGGAAAUUAAUAUUUUGCUUUUGGUCACUGUCUGAACAUGAGAGUAUUUUUCUUUUUAAUCCAGUUUGGAAUGAAGUUCUAAUGAGUCUGAAAGAUGAACUGGUAUUAAUACAUUUGAUGGCACUUUACAGCAUAUAAAAUGCACUUCCCUGUUUUCUCACUUGACUCAUUCCACAAAUAUUUAUUGAGGCCUGACAGUGUGCCAGAGACUCUUCUGGGUGCUUGAAGUAGGUUAGUAAAUAAAAUGGGGGGAGUCCCUGUCCUUGGGGAGCUUACGUGUUAGUGAAUGUGUUUGAUCUUCAGAAUCACCCGAGGUGGAACCUGUGGAUACUCCCAGAUACCCUCUGGACCCGAGCCUGUGCCUCCAUCCUGUCAGCUCUGGCCCUGCAGUGCAUUCGCCACCACCUACCUCUUGUUUCCGAAUCAUCUCUGUCCUCAGUGCAUCUUGAUCCUUGUCAUCUAAGAGGCACUUGGGAACCUCAGGCCACCUGGAGAUGAUGAGACGGUAGCUGGCUGUUUUUAUAUGAAUGCUAAUUUAGGAAAAACAAAGAUGUUUUUAGGAAUUAAAUACAUUUUUUUAAAAGUGAGAAGAUGCAUUAUCUGUAACUGUGUUUAAGCUCUCAUAUUAUUUUGCCAUCGUUAAAGGGUUUCCUUUUUCUUGGACUUUCUGGAAACUGCCUAACUAGCCCAGACCAUGCUGCAGUGCCUUUGGAUGCCGCUGCUGAGUGAGUUAGUCUUCUGAUGGGACUGUAAGUUAGUUGUCUCUGGACUGUGUCCUGUGUUUGCAAGAUGUGAUUUGUCUCAUGGUGCCUCUUAAUACUAUCUUCUUUCACUGGGGUGUUUUUCCCCCCAUUUUCCAUUGUAAAUGGGAUAUUGAUAAAUGGUAAUAACUUUAAUACAGAGAGUUGCAUUACUCACUCUGAUUUGAAACACAUUAUUUUAUCACUCAUUUGGCAGGUAACCGUGGUGUUUACAUUUGACUCAGCAGAAGACCUCCUGGCCCUUCAGUUGUCCCGGUGAGGCUGUGAGUACUGUGAGACGUCCACUUUCUGAGAUGCUGGACUGCUGUCUCCCAGCAUCGUUGAGUCCAGAUGCAGAGUCAGCUCUUUUCUGCCCCACGCCUCAGACAAUCCAGGCGAGGCUCAUAGCCACCUGGAGUCCAAACCCAAUGACAGGCUUCCCUCGGCCUCUGGCUUCUAGUCUGUAGGACAUAGGGGCUGACCUGACCCGAGUUUGGUCUUUUCUAAGAGGUGUGUAGGGGGCAUGGGGCCAGCUUGGGCUUGGAGUUGCUCAUCAGUGGCCUUCUGUUUACCUGAAUUAAAUGGCAGAUUCUCUGAGCAUACACUGGGUUUUCAGCCAGUUGGGAUCUCAGAAGGGAGCUUCUGUAAGAGAACUUGCUGUCUUCCCGCGUGGGCUCCCUUGUUUGCUUUGAGACCAAAGCUUACUGACAGUUCCUCCAAAGAGUCCCAGAAGGAAAAUUUUCCCAUAGAGUUGUAGUAACCUUAUUUUUGAUAGCUAUUCAAAUGCCAAAUAUUGUUUUCUGUAUUUUUCUAUUCAGGAAUUUUUUUUAGAAUAGAGAAUUUCAAACAUAUAUAAAUGAAUCCUCAUGUAUUCAUCAUUUAGCUUUAACCAUUUGUUUCUGCAUAGCCAAUCUUGUUUCAUUUCUGCCCCAUCCUCCUCUUCAUCUUCCUCCCCAGCUGAAGUAUUUUGAAGCAAAUCUCAAAUUUGGUUUAUAGAUAAUUCAGUGUAUACUGCUAAGUGUUAAGGAUUCUUAAAAAAAUUGUAAUAAUAACCACAUUGCUAUUAUUAUAUCUAAAAAAUAGUUCCUUAAUUCCCAAUUAAUGCACUUAAAAAAGAAACCACAUGAUUUUUAAAAACCUUCUUUAAGAUCAAAGUAAGAUACAUAAAUUGUAAUUUGUUGCUUGUCUUCUAGGUCUGACAUAUCUUUUCCCUCUUGAUAUAUGUUUUUCUUUUUUAUUUGGCCAUGCUGCAUGGCUUGUGCGAUCUUAAUUCCCCAAGUAGAGAUUGAACCCAUGCCCCCUACAGUGGAAGCACAGAGCCCUCACCACUGGACCACCAGGGAAGUCCCUUCCCCUUAAAAUUUAUUCAUUAAAACAACUGGAUUAUUUUUCCUGUG